UUGAUCCCUUAUCGACACGCAUACACACGCACAGUAGACUCGUUGGUUUCUUUCUUUCAAAAAACGAAGAACAAAAUAAAAGAAAGAAAAUGGCGCCGAAAAAGGCGAAGAAGAAGGAAGCAUGUUCUGAUAGGCAAGGAAUGUUCAGUGGAAUGGUUGUGUACUUAAUAGAUAAUGGAGUCCAGUCACGGAGGUUACAGAUUUGGAAGCAAAGGCUGAUGCAAAUGGGAGCUGCAGUUGAGGAUCGCCUUUCGAAGAGGGUCACUCAUAUUUUUGCAAUGAACUCAAAUGCCCUUCUUCAACAUGUGGGUUGUGAACGUUUGAGGCGUUUUAAAGGGAGAGUACUUCAUUACCAGUGGCUGGAAGACAGCUUGAAAAUAGGAGAAAAGGAGCCUGAGGAUUCAUAUCAUCUUGCAGUAGAGUUAGAAGGGGCAAAUGAAUCGGCACAGUCAUUGGAGAUGUGUUCUGAAUCGGCCAGAGGUAAUCGUUCAGAUAACGAGUUAUCUCCUUGCAAAAAGACCAGAAUUUCUGAUGAUUUAGAAGUCACACGGGCGGGGGAGAGCGCUGAAGACAAAGAGCCAGGUGACAUAGGAUGGGACUAUUUGGCAGCACCAGAAUAUCGGAUGAUUGACAUGAAUAGUGGGGAUGAGGCACCAACCAUUGCAAGUGGUUAUACUGACCCUUCCAGCCAUCAUAAUUCUGAUGCUGAUGAGUCUAGCACAAGUGUCCUAGAUGCUGGGUCAAAUGAAUCCUCAUUGUAUAGUGCACCUGAUUUAAACAGGAACAUGACCGAGAUAUUUGGAAAACUUAUCAACAUUUACAGAGCACUAGGAGAUGACCGGAGGUCAUUCAGCUACUACAAGGUUAUUCCCGUGAUUGAAAAAUUACCUUUCAAAAUUGAAAGUGUCGAUCAGGUCAAACACCUGCCAGCAAUUGGAAAGUCAAUGCAGGAUCAUAUUCAGGAGAUUCUGACGACAGGAAAAUUAUCGAAGUUGGAGCACUUUGAAAGAGAUGAAAAGGUGCGGACAAUUACUCUAUUUGGGGAGGUUUGGGGUAUUGGUCCAGCCACUGCUCUCAAACUAUAUGAAAAAGGACACCGCACGCUAGAUGAUCUGAAAAAGGAGGAUUCAUUGACAAAUGCACAAAGAUUAGGGUUGAAAUAUUUUGAUGAUAUCAAGAAAAGGAUACCACGACACGAGGUUAAAGACAUGGAAGUUCUUUUACAGAAAGCUGGACAAGAUGUCUUGCCUGGGGUUUCCAUUGUUUGUGGAGGAUCAUAUAGGCGGGGAAAGGCUACCUGUGGGGACUUGGAUAUUGUAAUUACACAUCCUGAUGGAAAAAGCCAUAGAGGCUUCCUACCUAAAUAUGUUCAGUAUUUGAAAGAUGUCAAGUUUUUGAGAGAGGAUUUGAUCUUCAGUACCCACAGUAUGCAGGGAACUGAUUCAGGAGUUGAUACAUACUUUGGCCUUUGCACAUAUCCUGGUCGAGAGCAACGGCACCGCAUAGAUCUCAAGGUAUACCCAAGGGACAUAUAUGCUUUUGGACUAAUAGCUUGGACAGGAAAUGAUGUGCUAAAUAGGAGGUUGAGGCUGCUAGCGGAAUCCAAAGGGUACAAACUCGAUGAUACAGGCUUAUAUCUGGCUACGCAGAGUUCUGCAGGGAAAAAGGGUGUGAAGUCAAGUACAAGUUUGAGUUGUAAAACAGAGCGUGAAGUGUUCGAUGUUCUCGGAUUUCCUUGGCUUGAACCUCAUGAAAGGAAUCUAUGACUAGACAUUUUGUGCAUAUGUACAUAUGUACGUGAUUUUGUAGAUACAGGCACUUACCACUACUACAUAAAGAAAGGGUUAGUUCUGCUUUCAUCUUAUUUCCUUGUGACCAUCAUUUCUUCCCAACUUCUGUGCCUUCACAGAAUGCUGUGUACUUUUCCGUGAGCACACAUGUAGCGACGACCUGUGUAAAACAUACCUGUGGUUCUUCAAGUGUGUAAACCAGAACAUGUUUUGUUCAGGGCGCCCUUACCGUAUGCCCAAGCUGAUGACGAUGAUGAAUGGAUUAAAUAACAAAAACUGCAACUGUACCUCA